AUGAGUAAAAUCGACAGAUUCUUACUUUCUGAUUCCAUUAUAGAAAGGCAGGGAAUGAUGGGUCAAUUUAUUGAGAGAAGAGAUAUAUCGAAUCGUUGCCCUAUUUGGUUGAAGAUCAAUAAAGACGAUUGGGGACCUAAGCCUUUUAAAACAAACUACAGUUGGUUCGAAAACAAAGAUUUCUUAAAUUACGUGGAAAAGGAGUGGAAUAACAUUAAAUUGGAGGGAAGAAGUAAUUUCAUCAUCAAAGAGAAACUCAAAAUCCUAAAAUUCAGCCUUAAGAGUUGGAAUAAAGAGGUGUUUGGGUGGUAUGAUUUGAAAGUAGAAGAAGGAGUGGAAGAUAUCAAUAUGUUGGAUAAUCUUUUAUCUAAUUGUGAUGUUCUUUAA